UUUAGUUUAUAGCUUUGUAUACCUUUAGCUGAUGGACAUCCAUCGCAAAGUUCGCGCGAUCGUUUUGGUGUAAAAGUUUAGUUGUAAGCAAAGGUACGAGAGAGUGAUAUAAGUAAUAUACUCAAGCUGGUGCCGGUCAUCAAGAUGAGCGUACAGAAAAGUAGGCACAGCACCAUCUGCGCGGGAAGUAUCAUCAAAAAACCCGAGAGCUUCGCCGAAGACGAGUCUUGGAGCUGCAGCGGAUUGCACUCGACCAUCUUUGCCGGGAUGAAUUUGGAUUUGUCGACCAAGCCGCUGCAAAAUGCCGAGGUGGAGAGCCGCCAAUUGACCGGUUUCUUGACCACCAUCAACGAGGAGAGAAACAGCGCCACGACACCGGUCUCCCUCAGUCCCACCGAGGACUCAAACAUCUUGAACCUCAAUUUGGACGCCCUGCAAGGCGACUCCGACGUUUUCUUGGACUGCUCGCCCGAGGCCACGACCAACAAUCGAGUCCCACCGCUAACCAGCUGCAGUCCCCGUGUCUCGGCACCGAAAGCCGACAGUGCCGGCACCAACGGAGGACCGACGCCCGCCAUCUUCACGUUCUCGCCGCGCCGAAACUCGUGCACUGGGGCUCUGCUCGAUAAAAUAGCAAAGGACUUUGACUCCUUGACGAUGGACUCCCAGCCCCAAUCGACUCCGAACGUCGACGUUAGUCCACGCCCAGCUGCUUCCAUCUGCGACGACGCCUCCCAGGUAGUUUCCUCCUCGACGAUCGACGAUGCAUCGAGGCGCGGCAAGAAAUCGGCAACGAAGAAGAUCAAGCGGCUCCAGGGUGGCCGCGACCGCUCCCCCCUUCCGAGUCUCAUCCCCAUCAGGAUGCGCUCGCCCAGUCUGCUCGGCACCACCGGCAGAGUUUCCGAAUUGAAGAGGGCCUUUGAGAGGUCCCCGGGACAACAGGUCCCCACUGGCACGCCCACCGUGAGGAGGCCGCUGCGAUCUAUCGUCACCAGAAAACCUAUACCGCAACCGUUGGACCUUCGUAGGUGGAAGCACAGCCCCUUAGCGACAAGCAGCAGCGGAGUUAGCUGCAGUUACGGCCACAGCAACAGUAGCGGCUACAACAACACUUCCGUUGUCCCCAAGGGCAAGGUAGCCGCCAUAAAGCGCUCCUUGGCCACGAAGAUCCCCGAGAGCCGCCACCCGCUGGUCGGGACGCCAAAGCUCCAUCGGAAGACGACGACGGCCAAGCCAAAAGUGUACCUCCAGGCUACCUGCCGCCACGCAACCGGUGACAAUGCCGACACCCACGCGGUGCACAAGCGAUCGGCUUCCACUUCGGAUUGCCCAGCGUCUUUCUCUCCCUCCACCUGUUUCACGGAUUUGCUCGAAGCACCUUGUCAGCGCCGGAACAGCCAACGUCGACGUCGCCGGCGCAGCCUAUCCGCGAGUGCGAUCGAAUCGUCCUCUUGUUCCUCUACGUCGUCGAUGUCGCCGAUCGCGACGAGGGCAAGGUUCGUGACCGUCCGAAAGUAUCGUGGGUCCAAAAUGCCGGUUGUGCCGUCCGUCUGCAAGCUUCAGGUGAACAAGUCCGCGAUCAUGAACAGGAGGAGCUUGGGCUUUGUCAGCUCACCGAUCAAGUCGGUCAAAGAGCUGCGCGGGAUCUUUUCGCCUCGCCAGCGAGCUGGAGGAAAGGGUCUUAAAAAACAACGCGUAGCAGAUAAGGUACCGGCGAUCGUCAUCACCAAAACAGUGGUCGUUCGCGAAAGUAUACAGUUGAAAUACUGAGAAUGAAAAUUGUUUUUUUUUUUUUUUUCAGUGUAUACACUAUUUAUCCCACUUUUCUCGGUGUUUGUUGAUUAAUGAAUUUUUUUGUUGUUUUGCGAUCAAAUCCCAAAAAAUGACUUUUACAGCUCACAUGAACUUUUCUGGAUUCAAAACGAGAUUAUUUAUACGAGUUUGCGUGACUAUAUCGAGCCAAUCGACUUUUAAUUUAACUUGACCACAAUAAAAACACUGAAAACCAUU